UCAGUUUUUUUUAAAAAAAAAAAACUUGUCAGGAACAAUAAAAUGGAAUACCCUCUCACGCGUAGACGGCAGCCACCAGCGCCAUUGUCACCAUCACCGUGCCUAAGUCGAAGUAGAAGUGAAGCCGAAAACAAUUCAAGCUCGCUAACCACGAACCGAAGUUUGGUUAAUUACCGAUCAAAAUCAACUACAAGAUCAAGAAAUGAAAAUGUAAACCCUUCAUGUAAUUAUACUACUGGCACUUCUUUAACUAACAUGCACAAGAAACCUAGCAGUCAACAUAAGGAGAGCGGAGGCAAAGAUGGAUUUGUUAAGUUCUUGCACCGAGGCAGUACUAGUCCACGUAACAGCUCUGCUGCAAUUAAGAGGACGAAGUCUUCAGCAGGGUCUUCACAGUCAGCAUGGGCAUUAUCACCUGGACGAUCUCCUGUGUUUCCGACACCAGAGUCAUCACCAGUUAUUGGUGGAGAUAAGAGAGGGAAGGUUAAAGGUAACGGUGGUGGUGGUGGUGGUGGUGGUGGUGCUAUGAAUAGUGUUUUGAGGUACUUCAAGCAAAGGAAGGUGAAUCCAAUCCAAGAAGAGGAGUACCAUAGGUAUAGGGUUUUGUACAAUAGGUUGUUGCAGUGGAGGUUUGUUAAUGCAAGGGCUGAUGCUGCUAUGUCCUAUGUGAAGACAGUUGCUGAGGAUAAAUUAUUUCAUGUUUGGCUUAGAAUCGUCAACACGAGAAAUAUCAUACUAGAAAAGCGAAUUCAAAUCCGAAAGCUGAAGCACGAGGUCAAAUUGUGUCAAAUUAUCAACCCACAAAUGAAACUGCUUAAUGAAUGGGCAAAAUUAGAGGGUAAAAACUUUGAAGCAGUGGGCAGAGUGACAAGGAAACUAUCAGCAUUGUCAGUCAAACUCCCUCUUGAAGAAGAUGCUAAGGGAGAUGUGGAAUCAGUCUACAUAGCUAUUAGCAAUGCUGCGCAGGUCAUGGAUAGCAUAGAAGGGACCAUAAAUAAAUUCCUCUCCCAGGUCGAGAAAGUCCUUUAUCUGAUUACAGAGCUUUCGAGCACACUGCAAAAUCAAGAUGAAAGCUUGGAGGAAAUGGAGAAAACAAUAACCGUAGUUGCUAAACUAGUGGCAUGGGAGAAAAGUGUGAGAGUACAUCUCUUGCAAAUAGGCCAGGAUUCAGAGGAAGAGGAAGCUAUCUCAAGACAAGAUUAAUGACAAAAGGACAGAGCUACGUUGAUAUCUCUCUGUUUAGAACAAGAGAUCAGUCCCAUUCUUUUUCCACUAUUUGUACGUGGGCUGUGGAAAUAGGGGAAACAACAUUAAUGAUGAGGCACCUGACUCGGGCGCCAUAGGAAAGAAAAGUUACAAGAGAUUUUGUAUUUAUUUCUUAUAAUUAUAAUUAUCAACAUUAUGAGAGAUGAUUGUGGACUUGUGAAUGAAUCAUGAGAAGCACAGGCCCCUAUAGUGCAGGCUCAAGCAUAGUGUAUGAAGCUGAUGGGCCUUGAGGGUUUAAGACCAACCUUCGAUCUUCGAAUGGAGUCUGAGGAUAAAUGCAAAUGAACCUCAACAGAUGGUGCCUCGGUGCCUCAGCAGAUGCAAGGGUUCAAGGGACUGCGUAACCUUCUGCAGAUUAUAUAGAUUAUCAGCAUUCCAGCAUAAUAGUGGACCCUUGGAAAGUUAAACCAUUUUGCUGUGAAGGUUUUGAAAUAUUCUACCCCUCACUAUUGCAUAAGAAUCUCAUAAUAACUUGAGAAGGUACUGUUCUUGAUCGACCCCCUGCUUGUUUUUGCGGUCGUUUUCUUCUUUUUCCAGUUAUGAAGAUGUUACAGAAAGCAAGAAAGUACUUAUGGCAUUCACAUGAAUAAACUGUUAGAUUUAAAUUGACAA